AUGCCCCGCGUCUCAAAACACCGCCGCUCCAAUGGUGCCGGCACUCCCCAGAAAAACUCCCCUCUAAAGAUUCCGCUAAACGAUGAUAUCGGGGAGAAGGCGGCCCGUAUGGGGGCCCGCCAGGCUCUACAUGACCGUCAGAUGGACCAAAUAAAGGCUGCAGUCAAAACGCCUAUGCCGCCUCGCAGAUACACCACCUAUGAUCGUGGGAGCUUGAGCCCCUCAACACCACAAGGCUCCAGCCAUCGCCAUCGGGAUAGUGAUGUGCACGGGCGCCGAGGAGUCACGCCGAUGAAACGUGUACCGAUUCUAGCCAACUUCGAAGAGUGGAUGAAGAUGGCCACUGACAACAAGAUCAACGCCACGAACUCGUGGAACUUUGCACUGAUCGAUUACUUCCAUGACAUGUCGCUCUUAAAGGAAGGAGACAGCGUGAACUUUCAGAAGGCCAGUUGCACAUUGGAUGGAUGCGUGAAGAUUUACACAAGCAGAGUUGAUAGCGUGGCUACGGAAACCGGGAAGUUGCUCAGUGGUUUGGCCGAUAGCAGGGAUAAGAAAGCUCGCGAGACCGAGGCCGAUGGAGAUGAGGCUGAAGAUGAGGAGGAGGACGGUGAAGAGGGUACUAGCAGGAGGUCACGCAGGAAGCGUGCGCAUGAGGCUACACUCGCUCCAUCGUUUGCUUCCCUUCAGUUGAAGAAGUUUGAACUCGAGUUCUCAGUCGAUCCGCUAUUCAAAAAAGCAUCUGCGGAUUUCGACGAAGGCGGUGCUAAAGGUCUACUUCUGAACCAUUUAUCCAUUGAUGGUCAUGGCCGCAUUGUAUUCGACAGUAGCGACGAUGCCGUGGAAACUUCUCAGGAUACAGACGGCGGAAGAGCAGAAUCUGAGGCACCCGAACAAGCCGAUACCACACCGCAACCCACACCCGCCGAACAGGAUCGCGAUGAUACAUUCGAAGGGGGUGUAGAGAUAGACAUCGCUCCCUUGACUAGCAGGUUCUUUCCGGAUCUCGACCGACUUGAUGCACAGGAUAUUUGUCCUUCUCUUAAAAACUUCGACCUCGGUGACCCUAGUGGUUCGUUGGAUAUCCCCCUCCUAAAAGCACCUGAAGAUUGGCGGCAGGAAAAAGGGCAUGAGGACGGACAUCCUUCCAAUGACGCAUCUGGAAUCAUGCUAGAUGACGACAAUGCUGUUGGGUUCGAUGAUGAUGAUGGGAGCUUGGCUGGCUUUGAUCUUAGUGAUGAUGCUGGGUUCGGUGGCGGCGGCGAGGCAUGGGCUCGGGAAGCCGCCCUGGAACCAAUGCUUAAGGUGCACCGCGUGGAUAUGGAAGGUGAAGAAGCUCCAGAUGGCGCAGGCCUCGAAAAUGACGACGCCUAUACCAUAUCACUCAAUCACAAACCAAGCACCCGGGACCAUGAAAACAUUCUCAGUUAUUUUGACAACGCAUUGCAAAAGAACUGGGCCGGCCCUGAACACUGGAAGAUUCGACGGAUUAAGGAAAAUGCUGCUACCAACACCGCGAGCGCGGCCCCCAAGCAGCGAAAAGAAAAGGAGCCAUUUGAAAUCGACUUUUCUGCGCCCCUGGACCCUGCGGUGGCCGAACUGAUCUAUACACCAGCCAGCUCCAACUCCACGAUAUCCCUUCCCAAGACCCAGUGGAAGACGAAGAGCCGCAAUCUACUUCCAGAUGAUAAGCACUUCAACUCCAGACAGCUUCUUCGACUGUUCCUCAAACCCAAGGCACGUAUGGGUUCGAGAAAACUAAUUGGACUGCGGAAUUUCAACCAGCGACGCCAGGAACAGACUUCCGGAAAUGGAGAGAUGGACGAGGCGUUCUGGGCGAACCACAAAACCGAGGAUCAUGCUGGCGAUGAUGGGGCGGCCCCUGGAGCGUAUGAUGCGAACUUCUUUGCAGACGAUGACGGCCUUGCCUUCCCGAACGGCAUUGAUCUAGACGACGAUGACAAUCUUCCAUUCGCGGAUGCUAGGGAAAUGCUGUCCCCUCCACCAGGUGGAGUUCCAGGUGCAUCCACAGGAGACGCAGGUGGAGCCACAGGGCUUACAGCAUUACUCAACAUGGUGGGGGCGACUCCUGGUGGCUCACAACUCCAAACCGGUGCUGGAGGCUUCGGAUCGCAACUAGUAACGCAAGGCGGUCGGAGGGCACGGCCCGACUACGUCGCAUACGCGCGAGUCGCCAAGAAAGUCGACGUUCGUCGGCUCAAAACCGAGAUGUGGAAAGGCAUGGGUGAGCGGCUUAUAUCCGCAAUGGACUCUGAUCGUCAACCCAGUGCUGUGGCUAGCCCGCCUAAAGAACACCACGAAACCGAUGAAGAUGGCCCGCCAACACCAACGCCCAUGCAUAAGCGCCCUAGACUGUCUUCGGAUCUGGAAAGUGAUAAAGAUGGACACUUGCGCUUCACUGAAAUCAUGAACUCUCUUAAAUCAGUCUAUGCUCCAGAGACACUUCGUGAUAUCAGUACGUCAUACGGCUUCAUUUGCCUACUCCAUUUGGCCAACGAACAAGGUCUCCUCUUACAAAAUGACGAUGAUGCAAGCGGCCUCGGGCUCGGUAAACUAGAGGAGAUCUUCGUCAUGAAGGAUACAAAUGCCAUUCUCGAUGAAGCGGCUGCCUGA